UAAUUUUGUGUUCGUAGUACGCAAGCGCUGUAUUUGGUUUUUAACUUAUAGAAGGCUGUUGCUUUACAUGUAUGUAAUCUAAGUUUUAAAAUGGAUUUACCUGUUUUGGAAUUGUUUUUGAUGACGAUCUGUUUGCCUCUGGCCACUGCCUCAUACUGUGCGUAUCAUUACUCCUAUGGAUAUUACUGUUACUAUUAUUACAGUUCAGACAACGUGGGAGUGUAUGUCGGGUCCGCGGUAGGGGCGUUCGUCUUCAUCGUCAUCAUUCUGGUUUGUGUCUGUAUCAUCAAGAACAGCCAGAUGAACCGGAACCGCGUAGUAACGAUGGGGGGCGGAGCGACGACAGUGACGAACGUCAACAAUGUCAACACGGUUCAACAUCCACCUGCAGCUGGAUACGGGUACGGACCUCCUCCCAAUGCCUAUGGAUACGGAGCGCCCCCUCCCGGUUAUGCCCAGCCAUCUCAAUCCAUGUUUGGAGGUGGUAACCCCGCUUACCCUCCGCCCCAGUAUCCGCCACCUAAGUAUUGACAGAACGAAACGACGCAUUUUUUGUCACAUGUAUAAUAUAAAAUUCAGUGUGUUUGCGGUGAAGGACUGUUUGAAGAUUUCGGUUUUUUAUUUAAUUUGCAGACACUCGAUGUUUUAAUAUAUUUAUUUUUUCGAUUAUCAUUGAUGUAAGCUUUUUUUCAGGUUUAUUUAUGUAUAUAUACAGAUAUCUCUGUGUGUGUGGAUGGGUGUGUGUACAUAUGUAGUGGCGGAUCUACAGGAGGUGGUUACGGGGGUUGGUUGAAUAUUUUGUUUUAUUAAAUGAUAAUUUUUUGCCAUUAAGAAGUCUUUACCCCUCCCCCUCCUUUCUUGGCAAAACAGAUACAAACUUGGUUUCAACCCCCCACCCCACCCCCACUUGAAAUUUUUCUAGAUCCGCCACUGAUUAUUGACAUACAUGGUCUUUUUUUUUUUUGCCUUGUGUGUUAUUGUGUGAUCUUUGACAUGUACAUGUAGGUAUCAUUUCAUGAUGCAUGUCAUGACUUUUAUAUUCGUACUUUGUGAAAUAUUUUAAAACAAUUCAUACCUUUGAAUAAAGUAAAUUUACUUGUA